AUGCCCACAAACCAAUACUAUUACGACCCUUACAAUAUUAAUGGAACGCCAAGAGAAGAAACUGGAUUUUCAUAUUCUGUCAUCCAACUCCAGAAGCAAAAACAUCACAUUUGCUACAACUGCCGCCAACAAGAACAUUAUGCCGCCAAAUGCCACUCUGUAUAUAUUUUGAAAGUUAAUCAAAAUUCAAGCUCAGAUUCAUCUGAACAAUCUAGCACCUCUUCCGAAGACCAAGACCUUUUGUCUGACGAUAGCUCUGACAUUUGUGACUCUAAUGACAAAAAGUUAGAAGACUUAGAAGAGGACACUGUCACAUCUACUUUUGAUGAAUCUAUGUCUUCUGAAGCAGAGACUGACUCAUCUCAAUAUUAA